AUGCUGCGACGCGCGCUCGCCGAGGACGAGCGCGCGCACGGCGUCGGCGGCGGCGCGGCGACGGCGGCGUGCGGAAGCGACGCGCUGGACGCGUACGCGCCGGGAGAGCUGACGAAUUCGCCGUACGCGACGCGCGUCGAGGCGUUUCUGACGCGACGCGUCGGGCGAUUUCUGGACGCGGACGAAACGCUGAUCGAGCGACACGUAGAGCGAGGGGACGUCACGAGCGCGCUGGUGACGGCGGAGUGGUGCGCGGACGGGCCGUACGCCGGGUGGUCCAGGCCGCACGCGGUGCACGCGGCGACGCUGGCGCGAUUCGGACGCGCGGCGGAGGCGAGGGACCAGGCGCGCGUGGCGCUGAGCGUCGGACCGUGGUGGACGAUGGGAGAGGACGGCGCGAUGAUGACGCAGAUGCAAACGCUGAGCGGGUACGCGGGACGAAGCGCGGCGGACGUGCGGAGGACGCUCGAGGGAGGGGACGUGGACGCGGGAGGCGCGAGCGGCGGCGAACCGGCGCCGACGAGGGAGGAGACGGCGCUGAAGCGCGCGAUGGACGCCAUGGACGCGGUGGCGUGGGGGGAGCGCGGUGAGACGUGGGCGUCGGUUCGCGAGCGCGUCGCGGAGAGCCUCGACGAGGCGGGGUUGCGCGCGCUGUCCGCGCACGUGCUCGCGCCUUUGCGCGAGUGA